GCCGGCGGCCCCGGAGCCGCCCCUCCGAUGGCGAUGGCGAGGCUCCGGGAUUACUGGCCGCUGCUGACCGCGCGGCUGACCAGCGCUCUCCGGGCUCUGCUCUUCUGGACCCUGGUGUAUGGCUAUUGCGGGCUCUGCGCCUCCAUUCACCUGCUGAAACUUUUGUGGAGCAUCGGGAGAGGACCCGGUCAGACCUUCCAGCGGCUCGUCCGGGAGAACCCCCCAGCGUGCCUGAACGACCCCUCCUUGGGAACCCACUGCUACGUGCGGAUUAAGGACUCAGGGCUAAGGUUUCAUUAUGUAGCUGCUGGAGAGAGGGGCAAGCCACUUCUGCUGCUGUUACACGGCUUUCCUGAGUUCUGGUACUCUUGGCGCCACCAAUUACGGGAAUUUAAAAGUGAAUAUCGAGUCGUAGCUUUGGAUUUAAGAGGUUAUGGAGAGACAGAUGCUCCCUCUUAUCAAGAGAGUUAUAAGUUGGACUGCAUUGUGGUGGACAUAAAAGAUAUUUUGGACUCUCUAGGUUACAGUAAGUGUGUACUGAUUGGCCAUGACUGGGGAGGGAUGAUUGCCUGGCUCAUUGCCAUCUGUUAUCCAGAACUGGUGACCAAGCUUGUUGUGAUUAAUUUUCCUCACCCAAAUGUAUUCACAGAAUACAUCCUCCGUCACCCUUCACAGCUGAUCAAAUCUGGUUACUACUUCUUCUUUCAAAUGCCGUGGUUCCCAGAAUUCAUGUUCACGAUAAACGACUUCAAGGCUCUGAAACAUUUAUUUACUAGCCAGAGGACUGGCAUUGGAAAGAAAGGGUGCAGAUUAACCCCAGAAGAUCUGGAAGCUUAUGUUUAUGUCUUUUCUCAACCUGGAGCACUGACCGGCCCAAUUAACCAUUUCCGAAAUAUCUUCAGCUGCCUGCCACUAAAGUAUCAUAAGGUGACCACUCCAACAUUGCUUUUAUGGGGAGAAAGAGAUGCAUUUAUGGAUGUGGAGAUGGCUGAAGUCACAAGGAUUUACGUCAAGAGCCAUUUCAGGCUAACAAUUUUGUCUGAAGCCAGCCACUGGCUUCAGCAAGAUCAACCUGACAUAGUGAAUAAAUUAAUAUGGACAUUUCUCAAAGAAGAAAUGAGGAAAAAUGAGUAAUUUUAAGGACAAGUGAAAAGCCAGUAAUAGCCAAAAGAACGAUGUGAAAGUGAAAAGCCUGUAACAGCCCCACCCCCACCCCCAAUAAUGCUGACUUUUUCAGCAUUCUGUUUAGGCUUUUGUUCAGGAAGACACUAUUUUCAUUGUACUGUAUUGUGACUAUGUUGGCACACAGUUGUUUUACUGUGUUGAAAAAAAGAAGGUUGUGUAAGACUUCAUGUGGGGUUUUUUUCCUGUUCUUCUGUUUUGCACAUGAAAUACCUGCCUUAAAAUAUAUUUAAUUAUAUAAAAAAAGAAAUUGUGGGAAUUGGAUGGUUUUUUCUAAUUUUCUUCAUUAUGUUAACAUGUGGUGCCUUUUUACAAGUUUAAAAUGAGAAGAUAUAAGUGUGCCAUAUGAAAAGGCAGUUAUGUAAUAGUAUCAAUUUUCAUUUUAUUGAUGGAAAGUUUGGGUUUGUUUUGACUAUUUUUUUUAACCAUUAAAAAGGUCUGUUACCAAAUUUUUGGAUCUCAUGGCAUGUUCCCAUGUUAAUCUGAAGACAGAUAUGUUUAGAGGUGUUUGUGUUCUCUAAGAGAGUUAUAAAUAUCCCCCUGUACUUUGAAUUUCUCACUACCAAUCAGUGUUUUGUGAAAAUUGGUUUCACAUGUCAUCCCAGAAAGUGGCAGAAAAAUGGAGAUUUAUAUAUAGAAUUUACUUAUAUGUGAAUGCUAUUUGUUCUGGCUUGUACCCUGAUUUCAGCUGUGGUCAUUAGCUGAAGUGAAAUUUACAUUAUUUUUACAAUAAC